CUCAUACAUCGUUUGUGCUGAGGUGUUAGCAGACUCGACUGGCGUGUCUGGCUCGCUGAAAAGGGAUAAUUCCACCAAGCGCCACAAGCCCGACCGCGCACCAAAUUGUGCUCCCAAGACGAGCGUCGCAAGAUUUGCGGCCAUGGCUAGCCGCCUGGUGCAUGUUGGGCCUCCUCGUGCCGUGGCGAGCUUGGCCGCCAGCCAUGUUUCGGGAAGCACAGUUGGGCUGCCUCUCUUGGGUGCCAAAGGUGCUUGUCUGUGUGCGGCUGGGCCAUCGACCAGCAGCAUCGAUCUGGGCAGGGCUUACUCCCUCGUCGCUGGAACGGCGCUUGCACGGGCCGCAUGCGAAGUUAGCUUCCGCCUCCGCAACGUCGCUACAUCCGCUUCCCUGAGCGGCUCCGGCAGCGACGGCGUUGCAACCUCCAGCAGCACCGGCCCAGGAAGCAGCAGCGCAGGCUUUGGUGUGGGCGUGUCGGGACGCCGCUACCGACCUGCCGGUGGCGUCGGCAUCAGCUUCAGCGGCAGUGCGGCACCGUCAGUGCGUGAGGGCUCCCGCUCGCCUGACCGGGACCCCUCUCGCGCCAGCCUCCCCGCCGCAGGCAGCCGUAGCAGUAGCGUCGGCCGGAGUGCGGACGCCAGGACGUCAGGCCGGUUCACCGCUGGGGGCGCGUCCACUGGCGGGCCCCGCAGUGCCAGCGGCAGCAACAGUGGCAACACCAGCACCAGCACCAGCGCCACCAGCAGCACUAGCCCACGUAGGCCGACCGCACCCGCCGCGGCGCCAGCGGCUACCGCCGCGGCCGCAGCCUCCGAUGAGGGUAUGGUGCGCAGCUUCCGCUCGCCGCGCACAGCAAGGGGUGCGAGCAGCAGCGGUGCGGCUGCACCGAGCAGUGGCCGGGGGGCGUAUGAGCGGGAGGAGCGCAGAGGAGGAGGAGGCCGCGACGGCGGCAGCGGACGGGGCAGUGCGCGCCCGGAGCGCGACGGGGAGCAGCGGGAGCGGCGCCCGAGCAGCGGGCCCCGCCCCGAGGGCCGCAGGGGCAGCGACAGGGGCAGCGACAGGGGCGGCGACAGGGGCGGCGCAUCAUCACAGCGGCGCCCCGGCUCUGCGCCCUCGUCUGCUGCAUCCAGGUCCUCGGUCCGCGGUGCCGAGCGCCCCCGUGCCCCGGACCCUGCGGCACUAGCCGCCGCCACCGCAGCCGCAGGCGUGACGGCUGCGGCUGCGGCAACCAAGGUGGCGCCAGCCGCAGCUACCGCCGUAGCGCCCUACGACCCCGCGCCUGCCAGCGUGCCUGCCAGCGUGACGGCGCCAGCGGCGGAUCUGGUUGCCAUUCCGGAGGGGCAAUACCCGACCUUUGUGCCGCGCAACCCCGGCAUCAGCGACGGCGAGUGGAACGCGCGCGACAAGGAGAUGGUGACGGCGGCGCAGCAGGACGCGGCGGAGGCGGUCAAGCCCGCGCGCCUGGACCAGCACGGCACCGUGAUCCUGGGUCGUGACACCGCCGAGCUGGAGGAGCUGGCUGCGCGGUACGGCCAGCCGCGCUUCCGUGCCAAGCAGCUGCUGGAGGGCGUGCUGCAGGGCGCCCGCAGCGUGGAGGACAUCACCACGAUCCCCAAGGAGUGGCGCGCGCAGCUGCUGGCGGACGGCGUGCGCACUGGCCGCUCGCUGCUGCAUCACUCGGUGGGCGACGCCGACGGCACUCGCAAGUUCCUGCUGCAGCUGGGAGAUGGGCGCAUCGUGGAGACGGUUGGCAUACCCACGGAGGACCGCCUCACCGUGUGCGUGUCGUCACAGGUGGGCUGCCCUAUGCGCUGCACCUUCUGCGCCACCGGCAAGGGCGGCUUCGCGCGCAACCUGGCGCCGCACGAGAUCAUGGACCAGGUGCUGACGGUGCAGGAGCUGUACGGCCGCCGAGUCAGCAACGUCGUGUUCAUGGGAAUGGGCGAGCCGCUGCUGAACCUGCCCUCCGUCACGCGCGCCUAUCACGGCCUCAAUAAGCAGAUCGGCAUCGGUGGCGCCUUCAUCACCAUCUCCACCGUCGGUGUGCCCAACGCCAUCCGGCGCCUGGCGGGUGCGGACCUGAAGGCCACGCUGGCGGUGUCGCUACACGCGCCCAACCAGGCCCUGCGCGAGUCCAUCAUCCCCUCCGCCAAGGCCUACCCCAUUGAGGCGCUGCUGGAGGACUGCGCAGCGUACUUCAAGCGCACCGGCCGGCGCGUGACGUUUGAGUACACGCUGCUGAGCGGCGUGAACGACGAGGUGGCGCACGCGCAGGAGCUAGUGGCGCUGCUGCAGCGCUACAACCUCAUGUCUCACGUCAACGUCAUCCCCUGGAACCCAGUGGACGAGUCCGAGUUCCAGCGCCCCUCGCGCAACCGCGUGUUCGCCUUCACGCGCGCCGUGGAGGCGGCGGGGCUGCCCUGCACCGUGCGCGAGACGCGCGGCCUGGAGGCGGCGGCGGCAUGCGGGCAGCUGCGCAACCAGUUCCAGAAGACGCCGCUGCCGCAGUUCGAGAAGCCGCUGUAGGGGUCGGGGUGGAGGACAGGAGGGGCUGUGUGGUGCUGGAAUCCUGGAGUGUGUAGUGUUGGGCGGGACGGGGCGGAGGAGCUUCGCUUGGUGGGCGGCGGCUGAGAGCUGGGCGGAAUCAGCACGACCAGCACAAGGGCUGAAGGCUGAGGGCUGGAGACUGAAGAGCGGAGAGCGGUGCCCGUCAUUUACAGUGGACGUAUGGAGAGCACGCAGUGCUUCACGUUAUCCCCAGUGCGGUGGCAUUUACGGCCUCACGCCGUCUCACAGCUUUUCCCGUUUUAUCCGUGCGCCAAACAGUGAAAAUGGAUUGAUGUAAGACAUAGGACAG